UCAAGGCUACAAGUUACACCAAAUUUUUGUCACUUCCUUAAACAGCUACAUAUGUUACAGUAGUCAUUGCCAGAUUACACUAUUUUCAUGUACAAACAUGUCUACACAGAAGACACCAACAAUAGAACAGAAAAGUGUGUUUUCUGCCAAGACCAAAGAAGGGUCUGAUGUGCAGUUUGAGGCUGUCUUUCAGUUCUAUGUAAACCCUUCUGGAGAUGUUAGGAUUACUGGACCAGCUGGAAAUGUAUCAGAGGAAUCAUCGUUUGUUGGAACUCAACCGAUAGCUGACGAGAUAACUAGGGAGGAACCUGGGAGGAAAACAAGUGGGGCGAGACCUCAGAUAAUAGAGGAAAGAAAAGAGACUGAAGUUGGGGGACCAGAAAUGAAAGAGGAAAGAAACAAAAGUAAAGUUGGCGGGCCAAAAAUUACAGAUGAAAGCAAAGAAACUGAAGUUGAGGGGCCAAAAAUUACAGAUGAAAGCAAAGAAACUGAUGUUGAGGGAGCAAAAAUUAAAGAAGCGAAAAAAGAAACUGAAGAUUGGGGAUCAACAAUUACAGAGGAACACAAAAAAGAAGAUCAAGGAGUUGAAAUAAGAAAGCCAACUGGAAAACUUUAUCAUAACGAAGAAAUUGAUAAACAAAUUCCCAGAAUCCAAGGUGACUGCCCCAUCAGACAGUUUGUUCCUGACCCUUGUAGAGCUGUUGAUGAUGUCAUAAAUAGUAUAAGCAGUUUCUUCAGUUCCCCAGCUUAAAACUGUGUCUUCUUUGUCAAAAACACUAUAUAAAGUUAAACCAAUCAAUGGACUAUCACUUAUUAAAAAGGCAAAACUAUUCAAAGUAA